CCUUUCAGUGCUUGGGUGAAGCAGUGUAUUCACGCUCCGUAACUUCAGUCGUGUUGCACUCUUUGCAACCCUACGGACUGUAGCCUGCAAGGCUCCUCUGUCCAUGGGGAUUCUCCAGCUGAGUCAGUGUGUUAUGAUGCCGUCUCACACCAACCUGGCUACUGGAAUUCCCAGUAGCAAAGUGAAAUACUCAAGACUCUCUUGUGCAGAUGAUGGCUACAUUGACCUUCAGUUUAGGAAAAGCCCACCAAAGAUCCCAUAUAAGGCCAUUGCGCUUGCUACAGUGCUGUUUUUCAUUGGUGCCUUUCUCAUUAUCAUAGGCUCCCUCCUGCUGGCAGGCUGUAUCGGCAAAGAGAGAGCAGACCGGGCCUUUCCUGUCCUGCUCGUUGGCAUCCUGGUGUUCCUGCCAGGAUUUUACCCCUGCUACCGGGGAUACUCCUACAAUGACGUUCCAGACUUUGAUGACUAGCAAUC